CUUGGCUUCUUUCUCUUGUUCCUGUUCGUUGUUUGGACCGAACGUGUCGCAAGUUUGGUGCUGGUGCGAAGUAGCAGUAUUCGAGAGCCGCUGGUGUUCUGAGCCUGUUUUUCACAAACGCCCCAAGAAAUGGCCCGCCGGGAAAAUGAGGAGCAAGGGAAAAUAUUUGUGGGGGGCCUCAGUUGGGAGACCACACAAGAGAGCCUGCUCAACUACUUUAGCCGUUUUGGUGAAGUAGUGGACAGUGUGGUGAUGUGCAAUGAGACAGGCCGGUCUCGUGGCUUUGGAUUCGUCACUUUCCGGGACCCCAGCUGUGUGGCCACCGUGUUGGCUGGAGGACCGCACCAACUGGAUGGGCGAACAGUGGAUCCAAAAUCAUGCAAUCCACGCAGUGCCAGCCGUCCUGGUGGAGGAGGAGGAGGCCCAGGGGCCAGGGGUGGUCGAGGCAAAGGCAGCACAACUAAGAUAUUUGUUGGUGGCCUUCCUGCCACUGUGACAGAGACAGACUUGCACGCCUUCUUCUCCGAGUAUGGAAAAGUGACAGAAGUUCUUAUCAUGUAUGACCAAGAGCAGCGACGUUCUCGAGGCUUUGGCUUCGUGAGCUUUGAGACAGAAGAUGCGGUCAACCAGUUAACUGGACAGCGUUACGUCGAGAUCAGUGGAAAGCAGGUUGAGUGCAAGCGGGCGGAGCCCAAGGAAAGCAGGAUGCCCAAGGGUGGCCGCCCUGGUGGAGGUGGCGGCGGCUGGGGUGGACAGCAGCAACAAUGGGGGUGGGGAUCAUCCAAUGGGGGUGGCUCUAACAUGAACUCCGGCUACCAGGGCUAUGGUGGCUACAACAGCUGGGGAAAUAACCAGAACAGUUAUGGCUAUGGAGGAGCUGGUGACCAGUCCUACAGUGGUUAUGGAUCAUAUGGGCAGCAGCAGCCCUCAAGCUAUGGACCCAUGCGCACUGGCUACAGUGAUGGAUAUACAGCUACCCCAACAGCUACUGGUGGCUACAACGCACCCAGCACCAAUGGCAUGGCAGCUGCUGCAGUCGGCCAAACUGAUGGCGCUUACCAUCCGUACCGGAGGUGAAUCUGAAGGCACCAGCGAGUGUACAUUCCUCACGCCUCCCCUCCCCCCCUUUUUUUUUUCUCGUCCUCUCAAUGAAGUCCACCUCAUCACCCUGGAUUUUUUAUACACUCAUUUGCCUACAGA